AUGAGACCUUCUUCAGUUUCCUCUAAAAUCACAACGACGUAUGAGAUGCGUCGCAAGAAACAUGUCAAGAAAGGCAUCCAGUUCACCAUGAUGGUUUGCGGUGCCUCAGGGACUGGCCGCACAACUUUUGUCAAUACCCUCUGUGGACAAACCGUUUUGGCUCACGAGGCCUCCACAGAAGCUUUAGACAAAUCUAACAAGUACCAAAAUGAUACUCUCAACAUAUCUGGAACUCCCGCACCCAAGGUCUUUGACCCAUAUAAGGCCCACAUUGAGCCCGGCAUCCAUAUCAACCCUGUAACAGUCGAAAUGGACGAAGAAGAUGGAACCAGAAUUUCACUCACAAUCGUCGAUACCCCAGGGUUUGGCGAUAAUAUCGAUAAUGAGCCUUGCUUUGACGAAAUCUUAAAAUACCUUGAACUUCAAUACGAUGAGAUUCUUGCUGAAGAGUCCAGAAUCAGACGUAACCCUAGAUUUAAGGACAAUCGUGUUCAUGUUCUUUUGUAUUUCAUUGAGCCCACUGGCCAUGGUCUCAGAGAAAUCGAUGUCGAACUUAUGCGUCGUCUUUCCAAGCGUGUCAAUGUCAUCCCUGUCAUUGGACGUGCCGAUUCCUUGACUCCUACUGAGCUUGCUCUUACCAAAAAGCUUACCAUGGAAGAUAUCGAGCAGUACAACAUUCCUAUCUACAAUUUCCCCUACGAUGUCGAAGAGGAUGAUGCUGAAACCAUUGAAGAGAAUUCGGCAUUAAAGGCUAUGCUCCCAUUUGCCAUUGUUUCGGCAACUGAAUUUGUGGAUUAUAAUGGCCACCCGAUUCGUGCUCGUAAAUACCCUUGGGGGCUUGUCGACAUUGAAAAUCCUGAUUACUCUGAUUACUCUUCUCUUCGUGCUGCCAUUCUUGGUUCUCACAUGGCUGACUUGAAGGAUCUUACUCACGACUUUUUGUACGAAACAUACCGCACAGAAAAGCUUUCGCAAAAUAUUUCCGACCCCCGUGAAAGCGCACUGCUUAACCCAGAGGAUCUUGCCAACCAAUCUUAUCUUCUAAAGGAGGAACAACUCCAACGAGAAGAAGAAAAGUUGCGUGAAAUUGAGCUGCGUGUACAGCGUGAAAUUAAUGAAAAGAAGAUGGAGCUUGUUGCGAGAGAACGUGAGCUUAGAGAAAUGGAAGCUAGACUUUCGAGAGAAAGAUCAGCAUCUGCAGCUACAACAGCUACUGAAGAGCACGAGCAGCUCAGGCGCCAAAUCCAGCAACAAAACCAAGAGCUUGAAAAGGAACAAGAAUCGCUUCUGCAGCAACAUCUUGAUCAACAGGAAGCUGUUGGUCGUGCGGCAGCAGCAGCAGCAGCUGCUGCCAAUUCCAUUCCUGAGCAGGAUGAAGCCCAGUAUAUUAACCAAGAACAACAGGCUCAAAUACAACAUCAAAUACAACAGCAGCAAUUACAGCAGCAAUUACAGCAGCAAUUACAACAGCAACAGCAACAGCAACAGCAACAGGCACAUCUACAACAGCCAACACAGGUAGCUCCUCUGCCACCACAACAGUAUCAAGAAGCUUCGCAGCAGUUCCACUCUGAGAAUGUUUCGCCUGAGCUUGCACAAGAACAAUUUUCUCCUAACCAAAGUAAUGUUUCUUUGAAUCAGCAGGCUUACCAGCAAGCCCAAGAACCCACCAAGGCGGUGGAGUCUUCGGUACAUCCAUUUAGUCCUCUUGUGGGACAAGAUUAA